AUGAACAGCCUGUUUUAUUUAACGGUCUUUGCUAUUUGCUUUGCGGCAAUCUGUGGAUCUGGUUCUACAGUUGCCGCAGCACCUUUAUUGGCAGCUUUUGAAAAUAAAAAUUUAAGCCAUGAGUCCUCCAACCGAGUUGUGAGACAAGUACCACCCUUAGGAAAGGAUAUACCCCCUCCACCUGAUUUUCCACCCCAAGUUCGUCCUAACAAGUUUGAUGAUAACUUUUCACGCAUAAAGAGAGAAGCAAAAGGUGUCGGAGGUUCAAUACCGACCAGAAAAGGAUAA